ACAAGACUUGCCUUUGUUGCCUAUCGGGUUGACAAGAGAGACUGUAGACCGUGCGACGGGGAGUAACAAGAGCUUCGCACGGAAUGCGACCAGCAUGCCACGUGGAAACUUCGAGAAGUUCGAUCCCAACGUCCGUUUCUACCAGCCGCACGAAGCACCCUACUCAGAAACGAAUCUCAAAGCCCUCGAGUGGAUGGCUGGCACUUGGAGUUUGGCGGAUUGUUGCCUAACCGGUGUCGACAACGCAGAUCCUACGAAGUCUAUGACAGCAAAGCGCAGGUUCGGUUCCGACCUUAACUACUUGUGGUUCCAUUUUCUACGAUGCGAACUGCUUAUCAAAGUGUGCUCCUACAAGGCGUCACCGUUUCCGUCCUCAGCACCAUUGGACAACCUAGCAAACUUCGUGGAUGAGAGUAACUUGCCUACAGUCUCCGCGGGAAUCGAAGAGUUCAAUGCGAAAUUGCUGCCGACCUAUAUUGCACUUAUGUAUGAGGAGGUCAUCGAGUAGUUGGAGUAGUACUAGAAUCAUAUUAAUAAUUGGUGCUGGUGGUGGUGCACAUCUUCACGAAUAUCAGGUAGUUCUUCAAGAAGAUGGUUUCAGAUCAUCUUCAUUGUCAGCAAGCCGACUGCAUCAGAGAGACCUCUUCUAACUCACAACAGCCCAAGUUCCUGACCCAAGCUGAGCAGAUGCUUACCACAGUGUGGAAUGACUGUGUGACCUUGACGUUUGCCAAAGUGCCAGCAGACGCCUUGCCAGAAGGCAUGACCCCAGUAGCCGUGUUCCAAGCUCACGUGGGCUUCGAACAACUCAACGCCUUGCUCACGCAACCGGUCAAGCCAACGGAAACAGCGGUAUUGAAUCAGCGGGCGCAGUUAUGGUCGUGAAAGUACUACUUGGCAACAUCUUACUAGAGAGAAACGUACAGUAGUAGUUGAGCUUGAGUUACAGGAGUGACGAGUUAGCUUAGACUUAGUAUGAACGUUGUAACCAUUAGCAUUUCAUCUUAGUUGUAAGAACUGCUAGAUGUUGUAGUUGUCGUACAGUAGUCCUCCUCUCAGAUUUUCCCCGCCUGCUCCGUCUAACAUCCGUCAAAGCAGCUCUAGCAGCAGCAGAACCAUACAUGACUCCGGAAUUGUGCGAGCUGAUGCUGGAAGUUCGCAUGCUUAUCUCCACGCUCCAUGAGCAACGCGGCCAACUUCGAAGUGCAGUGGCAGAGAUUUUGUACGCCCAAAUGCUUUUUUCUCAUUUGGCGUCAAGUAGUAGCUCAGCUGGCGCAUCUUCUUCUGCUCAUGGAACUCCUGCAUCUUCGACUCGUAGAGUAGGAGACGUAAAGUAUUGGACUCUGUUGCGGACUCGGUUAUGCCACUUACUCGAACGACAGGGUCGCCAGCAUGCUUGCCAGACGCAAGUGAAAGCGGGCCUGAGGGAGGCGAAAUCGGACGUGCAUGCACGACUGCAAUUGUUGCACAUCAUGGCCAAAAGCUACUACCAACAAGGCCGCUUGCUCGAAGUGUCACAAGAGGGCAAUGAGGGUUGCGUGCCUUGCAUCCUCGAACUCUUAGACCUGUCUUACACCACGUUUCCGCAAUCAGAACCACCACUUUGCGUGGUCCAGGCGAAGAUGCUUUUGCACUGUGCUUUGGUACAGAAUCCGACGUUCAAUGCAGCGAAAUACUUGUUUGCGCCGAAGUUUAAACCAAAACCGCCGGUACCCGAAGACGAAGAAGAUUUUGAGGAGGUAGCACGUGCAAAUGCCAUGAAAAUGAUCUCUCCAGUAGCAGCCGAGCUUCUAGCCAUUGUGGAUGGAACUGCAGGAGCAGGAGCGUCAUCGAGUAGCAGUUCGUCUUCUGGAGGCUUUGAGGCAAGAAAAUUCAGAACGCCGUAGUCUCCUCCAGAAGCAUCUUAUUUGUGCUCGAUGAUGCGACUCGAGUACUUUUUACUAGAACAUCAAAUAGAUUUGACUAACUCAUCUAACACCGUAGUUCUUACAAGGGAAGAUUGUCAACAUCUUACCCUCUUCUAAUACUUCUUCAUCAUCCUCGUCGCACGCCGGAAGCAGUACUACUGCUUCGUCUUCAAGCGAAAACGAGGGUGGUCCAGGUGGCAGAGAACAAAUUGGCGGUAGCUCUGCCUCCGAUGCCCUGAAUAAGCGCAGUGAAAAGCAGUGCGCAUUCUUGAUGAAAUUACUCGAAGAAGCCUCCAGGGAUUUAGACGUGAUACUGCACAUGCAGGGAAAUGAUGGGGAUGCGACGAAUACAGACUUGAACUUCUUGUCGCAUUCUCUCGGGCCUACCAGUGUGCUUUUCGCGGGCGAUCGGCCAGCAGGAGGAGAAGGAGUUGAGAGUUCGGCGAAUCUGACUGCUGCGACAGAUCCGGCGCUGUUUGUUUCGUCAGAGUACCAAUAUGGUUCCUUUGGUACUGGCGUCAAUAACGGAUUUCGAAGACGAAAGAAGAUUUUUGCGAACUUACUGCCGGUUGCAGAGCACGCCUUUGCCUGGAACAGCGACAAAUCGCACAAUGACGGUCGACCGUUUCCUAACGUCUACUGCAAAAUCUUGCGUCUACGAACUGCGCUUGCUUUGCAGUUAGCUGACCACAAGAUGCAGAUCGCUGGUCGAAAGGACAGCUUCUUCGACAACAUAGGCGCAGCGGACAGUCGCUCAGAGGCGCGGACAGUGGCUAGCUUCAGGGCAAAACAUAGGAGUAACGCCUCAUUGCAGUAUUUGUUGGAGUGCGGCGAACUCUUGAAGUUCGUGGAGGCGAACUUUAAGCGUCUUCUGUUCUUUCCAACCCGCUACUUCGUGCAGUUCUGCCAGUUGAAACUGAAGUAUCGACGACUAGCCAUUUGCGAGCGACGAGUCCCAAGGCCAUUUUUCGAGUCCACGGAUCCGGUCUUAGAGUUUCAUCUACGAAGUGGAGCGGUGCCGGACCCAUUGGAAGUCUCGCUUUAUUUAAGGGUUAACCAAUUACAUCCGCCACAACCAUUCCUCACUCUUUUUCCAGUAGGAAAGAGGUGAGGGAUGUUCUGAGGAAUGUAAUUCCGUAACCUCUAAUUUAUCGCAGUUUCAUCUUCAGAACUCCAGGACCAACUAGUUUAGUACGUCCGUCCAUGCGCUGGACACGAGACUACUCGCCAGAAAAAUUGACGACGUUUUUGUCUGAGGUCCAUUCCCUUUUGCACGUUGCUUCACGGGAGGGCGGACAUCAUCCGGCGCUAGCCUACGACAUCUUGUUCGAAGCCUUACUCGAAAUUCUCCGAGACUGGCGGCAAUUCGCAGACAAAUUGCCAAGAUGUAACCGGUUGGCUCAGAAGGAAUUGCCAUUGCCGGAGUCGGAUGUGGACCAAACUUAAGGCCUCAUCUUGAUCUAGUUGUAGUACAAAUUGUACGGACAAUUAAACAACUUCGUUCUUCUUCGUCUAAGAAACUGUACUGCCCGACCACAAAAACGAGAUGCAGCGACCGGGUCCGGGACCUGUAGUAGACCUGGAAGCCGAGACGCCAGUGCCAGAGUCCUCUAUUCUUCUUCGUAGGUUGAAGAAUCAUUUCGUAGGCAUGGUGUAUGUGGUUUUUUCAGUACUCAAAGAAUUGGCGGACAGGAGGAAAAAAUUGCAGACUUCAGUAGUAGAGAUCGCGAGUCAGAACGCAGACGGCGGUUGCAAUACCGGUUUCAAGUCCUUCUUUGCGCAGGAGAUUGAAAACGUUAAUGCAGGCUUCCGCGUGCAAGAGGACUUGUUUCAGCACCUUUUGCGACAGAAGGACGAGGGAGGGCUUGAGACGUUCUUCAAAGAAGGUCUUGCUAAAGUCCUGCCGCCAACGGCACUAGCUGUUCUGCAGUACAGUCUGUCGGUUCGCAAAGAAGUAGACGCCACAUUAGUUAUGUUAUCAGCCUUUCUCCAUCCAAUCUCGAUCUCGCUUAGCAUCCCGUCGCUCCUAUCCUUUUGAUCCCAAGGGAAAAGCUAGGCCAAGAUGGAUUCAGGCACGUUCUAAGUCAGGUUUUGACGAAAGCACGCUUUUGCUUGCCGACACCUUGCAUCUGAUGUGUGCCAAAUAUUUGCCUCUCUAUGAGAACGCAACAGUACUACCGAAAACGUGCAUCGACACGCUGAAAGUUCCACCAGCGUUGGCGUCUUCGUCGGCCACAGGUUAUACGGCUCUGAUGGCCAGCGGUGGUGCUCCUAGUGGAGAUAGUGUGCCACCGGGUACAAUCUCGGGAUCCACGUUUGUCGAUACGCAGCAAAUCCUUCUGCAUUACACUCUGCAUCCCAUUACUAGUGACGCGGACGAAGACAAGCGAACGAAAGUGGAAGACGUAAAAGGCCUAGACCUGACGACGCUGGCGUGCUUUAAGAUUGGAUAGUUGUACUACCUGUGUGGGUGUGCACCUGUGUUGUAGUGACGUGUACCUGCGAAUGCGAUGUACUUCUAGCGAGGAGGGUAGUUGGAAAUAAUGUUGAGGAUCAUGUGUUCCAUUGUCACGACUUGAUAUAGUGGUCUCAUGAUCAACUCAGUUGUACUUCUUGUAGAUGAAGGAGAAACAUCAUCAUUCCGCCGCUUGGAAGUUAUAUACCCAUUCCGAAAACGCGAUCUUCUCUUGAGCUAAAACCUUCUAUGCUUGUUUCUAAUCCCCGCAAGGACAGUGACAUUUGCUUUUUCUGGUCUCAGCGGUCCGAGGAAAGCAACGUUGUGGACUACGGCGAAUGUGCUUGCAGUUGUGUCAUCCUCCUGCGCGAUUUCGCUGUGGUCUACAAAGUUCGAGGCUUCAUCGACCGACAGAGAGUGCGUCGUUGCUACGACCUAUGGGCAGUAAUGCAGAAGAACGCUCAGAGCCCUGUGCUAGAGGGCUUCACGAGGAAAUGCUUCGUUGAAGUUUUAGCGGCAUUCUGCGAUUGCUUCUUUGACAGAAGGCAGAUGCAGUUAGAGGCACUACUACCGCCAAAAGAGGAUGCAGGGAUUAGCAAUGAAGCGGCACAGAUAGCAAGAAAUGAAAGAAAAGGAUUCACAGAAAGGUAUUAAACUAUAGGUAAAGAUGAGUUCUUCGAAUUCAUGAUUUUGAUUUCAACAUAAUCCUCUCGAUUGAACUUUUCCUACUUUUUCUGAAAUCGUCCUCCAGGUCCGACGUCGUUCAAGACCAUUUUGAGGACUUACCGGAGAUCGAGGAGGAAGCGCCGCCACCUCCUCCACCACCCCCAAAGCCUAAGCAGAAGAGUGGAGAAGAGAUUAAAGAAGAGUACGAUGCGCGUGCGUCCACUGCCAUCGACGUUCUACUCGACAGCAUCGGCUACAUGCCGAAAAUUGACACCUACACGGGAGAAAAAGUCGCCAGCGGGGAUGACGGGGAAGUCUUAUGGUGAUCAAAGUUGAUAGAGAUGGUCUACCUCUACCUCUACCUCUACUGUAGUUAAUACACCUAGUAUCUUCAAUGAUCUGUAUCUGAAUUUCCGUUAUCUUCUCCAAAAUCAUCUCGACCCAUCUUCACCCUCAAGCACAUCUCUAAUCACCGAAUUAGACCGCGAUGUUUUGGAGCCAGUAAAUGCGAAGAAGGUCAUUGACAGCGUAGUAACCCUCCUGUGCCGCGAGCGUCGAUGCGUCUCCACCCAGCACAAGGAUGUGAGCAUCUUUCUCCGUAGUUUCUUGCCUGAAGAGAGUAUGGAAAUCAAAGAGGUGAGAUACUACUGAAUAUUAUGCUCAGGAGCGCGAGCACCAUCGACGAUCAUGCAAGAAGUAUAUUGCUUUGUAUAGAGAAAGAAAUAGUAGUAGAGGUGCUGAUGUUGAACAAAUUCUGAAACUUAAUCAGAGUCUAAGUCUAAAAAAAACAAUGAAUACAAUUAUACCGUCAACAACUCACAAUCAAGAAGUUACAGAAAACAAUUCCGCGUUCGUCCCUUCCACUAUUCAUUCUUUGGAAAACACUGCAAAUUACAAGCUGACCUAUUUCCUUCAUAAGCAAACAGUCAUUUUAACCCUCACAUGAGAAACAGCGAGAAGUAAGUACAUUAUGAACUAGUAAAUACUUGUAUUUGAACAACAACAGUAAGGAGGUCGUGUUCAAACAACAACAACAACAACUACAGGUAGUUUCGACUAAGGCAUGUUUCAGUGAUGUCGUGAUGUUACUGUUACAUCGAUGCUCAGAUGAGAAAAUACAAAAUGAAAGUACUAGAUGUCUAUCGAACUUUUUUGUUAUCUACUUUUCAUACGAUGAGAAUGUUUGAUUUUCUUGUCUAUUUUUUCAGGAUUUAUUAAUUCACAACACCUAUUAAUUUACGUUGGGUUGAAUUGAUGUAGUAGUUUUUUUAUGACGUAGUGGUAGUAGCUGUAGCUGUAUUGCUAGCACGAAUGUGUUGUGAGAUGACUGUGAUGAAAGUACAAAGUUUUUUACGUAGUAGAGGACAGCGACAGAGACUCGCCGUUUAGCUGAACAGUAGUUGAAGAAGUUGUCUCCGCAAAGAAGACCCCAUUCGACUUCACGACUUGGUUGUAGAUUGCAUCGUAAAAUAAAUGUCCAACUGCAAGAACUUCUCCGAAAUUUCUUGAGAUUUCAGAAUACAACUGGAUUCCGUGUUUUUGGCUCUUCAGUAGCCACUAAAGUCUGCUGGUUUACCUAGUGGACCCAGACGGUCUGUAGUCUAGAGCCCCAACACCAUCUUUAGUCUGAGACCUAACCUAACCUUACUGAAAGACAAGAACAACAGGAUGAAGCCACCUGAUGAAGGCAGCCACUCGGCGUCAAAACUCAAAAUUGGACACUGAAGAAGCGAGAUACCCUCGUCUUCCUCGUCUGCUUCUUCUUGCUCAACAGAAAUCACAUGUUCGUGCUACGUUCUUCAUAUGGUAGCGGAUAACGUCGUAAAGAGGCUCCUCUAAGCAUCUAGUUUGUCAGUUCUACGCCGUGGUCCUGUUUGUCAGUUCUGGUCCUG